AUGUUCACUCUUCAACGUUUUGUAGUCUCUGCACUACUUAUCUUAACCGUUACCUUCCUCUUCUUUGCCCAAACGGCUGAAGCUGUCAAAGGACCAAAGAUCACCCACAAGGUCUACUUCGAUAUCAGCCACGGCGAUGAACCUAUGGGUCGUGUUGUUCUAGGCCUCUACGGCAAGACUGUUCCCAAAACCGCUGAGAACUUCAGAGCUUUGGCAACUGGCGAGAAGGGUUUCGGAUACCAGGACUCUACCUUCCACCGUGUUAUCAAGGGCUUUAUGAUCCAAGGAGGUGAUUUCACAAAGGGUGAUGGAACUGGAGGCAAAUCAAUCUACGGAGCUAAGUUCCCAGACGAGAACUUCAAGUUGAAGCACUCCAAGAAAGGUCUUCUCAGCAUGGCCAACGCCGGAAAAGACACCAAUGGCUCCCAAUUCUUCAUUACCACCUCUACUCCAUCUCACCUUGACGGUAGACACGUUGUCUUUGGCGAAGUCUUGGAGGGCUACGAGAUUGUCGAAGCCAUCGAGAACGUAAAGAAGGGAGCAUCAGACAGACCAGUUGACGCUGUCAAGAUCACCGAGAGCGGGGAAUUACCAGUACCAGAAGAAGAUGAAUACGGUACUGCCGAGUUUCAACACGGUAUGGAGGAGGUCGAAGUUCCACUUACUCCGAUCGAUACUUCUACUCCUGAUGCUGCCACCGCAGUCAUUCCACCUAUCGCAGUUGUCGGUACCCCACAAACAGAAACAGAGGAGUUUGGUUAUGCCGAUGAGGCAGGUUACACUCUCAUGCAGAAGGGCUUAUUUUUGGUUGUCAUCUUAGGAUGUGUGGCCUUUUAUGUGCGAAUGAACAGGAGAAGCAAGAAAUUUGAGAAGUCAAUCGUCUAG